AUGUCGUCGUCAUCUUCGGAUGUCAAGGCCGCCGCCUUUCCGGAUGGCACCACUGAUUACGUGCCCUUGCGGUCCCAGAAGACGGAUUUGAACAAGGUGCACAUUUCUGAAACACCCAUGACUUGGUCCAACUGGCACAAGCAUGUCAACUGGCUCAACACGACCUUUAUCAUUCUCGUGCCUCUGGCCGGCUUCAUCUCCGCCUACUGGGUGCCUCUUCAGCUCAACACUGCCAUCUUUGCCGUCAUUUAUUACUUCAACACCGGUCUUGGCAUUACUGCUGGCUACCACCGUCUCUGGUCCCACACCUCGUACAGAGCAACCCUGCCCCUCAAGAUCUAUCUCGCCGCAGUUGGUGCUGGUGCCGUCGAAGGUUCUAUCCGCUGGUGGUCUCGCGGCCACAGAGCUCACCACAGAUACACCGAUACCGAAAAGGACCCCUACUCCGUCCGCAAGGGUCUCCUCUACUCGCACUUGGGAUGGAUGGUUUUCAAGCAAAAUCCCAAGCGCGCCGGUCGCACCGACAUCACUGACCUCAACGAAGACCCCGUCGUCGUCUGGCAGCACCAGCAUUACCUCAAGACCGUCAUCUUCAUGGCUCUUGUGCUGCCCACCGUCUUCUGCGGCCUCCUUUUCAACGACUGGGUCGGUGGUUUCGUAUACGCCGGCAUUCUGCGCAUCUGCUUCAUCCAGCAGGCCACCUUCUGCGUCAACUCUCUGGCCCACUGGCUCGGCGACCAACCCUUUGAUGACCGCAACUCUCCUCGCGACCACAUCAUCACGGCUCUCGUCACUCUCGGAGAGGGCUACCACAACUUCCACCACGAGUUCCCCUCGGACUACCGCAACGCUAUCGAGUGGUGGCAGUACGACCCGACCAAGUGGGCCAUCAACGCCUGGAAGAUGCUUGGUCUGGCUUAUGACCUCAAGCAGUUCCGAGCCAACGAAAUCGAAAAGGGCCGUGUCCAGCAGCUGCAAAAGAAGCUCGACCAGAAGCGUGCCACCCUUGACUGGGGCACUCCUCUCGAGCAGCUCCCCGUCAUCAGCUGGGACGACUUUGUCAGCGAAUCCAAGAACGGCAAGGCCCUCGUCGCCAUUGCCGGUGUUAUCCACGACGUCACCAACUUCAUCAAGGACCACCCUGGUGGCAAGGCCCUCAUCUCCUCGGCGAUUGGCAAAGACGGGACAUCUGUUUUCAACGGGGGUGUUUACAACCACUCCAACGCCGCCCACAACCUCUUGUCCACCAUGCGCGUUGGCGUCCUCCGCGGCGGCUGCGAGGUUGAGAUUUGGAAGCGCGCUCAAUUUGAGAACAAGGACAUUACUUAUAUGAACGACUCUGCAGGCCAGCGCAUUGUCCGCGCUGGUUCUCAGGUGACCAAGGUCUCUCAGCCAGUGGCCAGCGCCGACGCUGCCUAA